AUGAACGUCGACGACGACAGCGAUAUCCUGUUUAUACAACAACAACAACAACAACCAUCAAUCUUUCCCAGCAGCGGCAUGAUGCCAGCGACAAAGAAACUUGACGAGCAGAAGUUUAAAGACGAUCUGAUUGAAAAAGCAACAAUGCGACUUCGACGACGACUACUGGAAGAACAGCUUUCGGAAGUGAUGCAGAGUGUCAUUCAGACACAAAGUCAGCUCGAGUUCUUGCGCGUGGAUGCCUCUGCCACCAUCGACGCAGUAACGAACAUCCAAGACGACGUCGUGCAGUGUGGCAGACUCGAGGCACUCGAGCGACGUCUGGAAGCCCAUCGAAAGCAACUGGAUCAGCUUACCAAAACCUCUUCUCCUUCUCCGUCCUCAUCCACUGAACCGCAUCGUGGGCUUACAGACAUGGACGACGACAACGACAGCUGCAAUACCAGUGUCAAAGGAUGCAGCAACACGAAAAAGUCCCACGCAUUUUCCAUGUCACGUUUAUCUUCACUGUCACUCAUGUCAUCGCUGUUCAGCCGUGCCAGUUCACCGAGCACCCGCGCUACGUCUUCUGCUGCUGCUUCUUCCUGUAGUUACGAUGACGAUGACCACGAGUAUGAUGACGUGGAUGACGAUUGCACCAGCGUUGCCAGCAGCAUAAUGAGCAACACGCCCGAAGAACACCAACGACGCCAUCGUCGCCGCAGACGCGUCAAACAUCAUCGCCAGGCACAGAGGAUGCGCACAGACGACGUUACGGAGCUCCAAUGGAGUCAAAAGGCACCCACUUUGUUCCCGUUGCCAGAGCAGCCUGCUACUACUACUACGACCACCGCCGCCGCCGCUACCAGGAUGCAUUAUGACGACAUGAGCAACAACAACAACAACACCAUGUAUCUUGUUGGACGAGAAGAUGCUUGCUCGGAUAUCAGCACCAACAGCGAGGACAACAACAGUGAUGUCUUGUCGGACAUUGGAUCCAUGUCAACUGCAUCCACCUUGUCGCAUCCACGCGCGCUUUAUGAUCUGCUUGACUCUAAGCAACUUGAUCGUUGCCACACCCAUGGUUCACUGUACCCACCAUUCUCGCCACAGCAACAAGACGUUCGCGCACGGCACCCACUUUCUCCCUUGACCGACAACUUUUUCCUUGAGAAAUCCGUCUACUCAACAAUGAGCAACAUUAACAACAACAACAACGACUAUUACGAAUUGGAUCGCAACGUGUUGGACGAUGCUCUCAGCUUUUUGGACAGCAUGUCUGUCGACGAUGGCGGAUUUGGCGAUGAUAUUGACUUUUUGCUGCGUCACCCUGAUCUUUGCUGUCGUCCUCUCGACGAAAUCCGUACGACCAUGGUCGAGUUCCGCAACAAGCACUACUACGAACUAGACCAGCAAAAUGGCGUUACCAUCCCAACAGCCUUGUACCACUAUGGCGCUCGUUGGAUGUCAUCCAUGGGCUAUUCGGCCUGUGUCAGGAGCGUGCGAUGGUGCAAGUUCCUGAGCAUUCUUUUUGCUGCGACCAUGAUCAGCGUCUUGAAAGGACCCGACGAUAUGCUCGAUGCUUAUUAA